AUGAUUGAUGUUGGUGGUCUUCGUAAUAGUGUCAAACUAGGCCAAGUGUCUCGAAGUUGGACCAAUGGAGCUUUGAGAGACUUUGUCAAGUCAACGUUUCCACGUACCAAAGAGCUCUCCGAUCAUGUGAAGCUUGAGAGGUUGUUUACCGCCAGAAAUAUUGAGCGAGUAGCGGAUAUUCAAGUGAUUUGGACCAGCAACCUUGCAGACCAUCUGCAACUGGAAGACGACGAUACCAAAGUCAGGUUAUUUUCUCAUACCUCUUUCUUAGAACUGCACCGAGAGUGUGAUUUAUUCCCAUCAGGAUUCGUCGAUGAGACACUUCGAACGCUUUCCCUCCUCCUCCCAUCGAACGACAAGAAAACCGUUAUUUGGUUUCGGAGAGAGCAAAGGAGAAAUCUGAACGAUGAAUUCGUCGACGGAACAGCAAUCGGUUGUCGGCCCUUGUCGAUGAAAGAACGGCAGAUUGACAACUUUGAGUUCUGGCACGAUAGACUCGUCAUGCUCAAGCAAGCCUUCGACGAAGCGGACCCAAAGACUGUGCGCCAAUGGUGGUCAUCAGAUCGCAGGAAGCCGGUUCAAUGGUUCAAUUUUUGGAUUGCUAUCGCACUGGUCAUCGGCUUGACGAUUUUCUUCGGACUGGUUCAAAGUAUCGAGGGAGGAAUACAAGUGUACAAAGCGUACCAUCCUUCGCCAAGUUGAUACUUAUUCGGCUGACUGGUUUGAACGUAUCGAUUUAUCACUUCACGGCCUGGGUUAUGCUGCUGGGGCCCAUUACUUGUCGCAAUGAACGUGCCAAAAUUGAAACGCGUUUAAAAUAAGCGAUUGGUCCUUCUCAGGCUGCCUAUCAAUGAAACUCUCUACAUACCGUACUCUCGCAACCAACUUCUUUCAACUCGACGGGGCUUCCAGAACCACGUCGAUUCUGUUCUCUGUACCACACUCUUCCCACCCCCACCGCCUUCACCACAAAACUCCACUCACCUGCAACUCGACCCUUCCCCCAGAAACAUCCAAGCUCCUUCAAAACCGAGUAACUUCUCCCCAUACCGUCCCCAACUAUCUGUUUCCUAGCACCUUAAAGCCAUAUCUCGGUCCUUCCCUAUCCUUACUUCCAAUUUUAACCUCUUCCUCUCCC